AUGAAACAGUUAAAACUUACAGGUUUUGUUAUUUUCUUGUUCUUUUUGACUGAAUCCCUAACCCUGUCCACAAAGCCUCAAGAUGUAGAUGAUGUCAGUAUUACUCAGAAAUUUAUAGAGGAGAAUGUUGGAUAUAUCACCAUCAUCAUAUUUGCUCAAUAUAUUCAGGAGGCCUCCUUCGAAGAAGUGGAGAUGUUGGUAAAAACCAUGACAGAAUAUAGAGAUAAAUGCUUGGCUGACAUGACACUCCCAGAGUGUUCCAAAUUAGCUAAUGAUGUUUUACUGGAAAAUAUAUGUGCUUUGGAGGGACUUCCACAAAAGCAUAAUUUUUCACACUGCUGCAGUAAGGUCGACUUGGAAAAAAAACUUUGUUUCUUCCAUCAUAAGAAAGCUGAUGUAGGAUUUCUGCCCCCUCUUCCUACCUUGGAUCCUGAAGAGAAAUGCCAGACUUAUAAAAAUAACAGAGAAUCUUUUCUGAACAAUUAUAUAUAUGAAGUUUCCAGAAGGAACCCCUUUGUUUUUGCCCCUACCCUUCUAACUGUGGCUGCUCGUUUUGAGGAGAUGACUAAAACAUGUUGUGAAGAACAAGACAAAGCUAACUGCUUUCGAACAAAAGCAGAACCUGUCAUACAAUAUUUAAAAGCAUCAUCUUCUUUUCAAAAAAAUGUCUGUGGGGCACUUAUAAAAUUUGGAUUGCAAGUCUUAGAAUCUAUAAAUGUUGCUAUACUUAGUCAAAAAUUUCCCAAGAUUGAAUUUAAGGAACUUACCUCCCUUCUAGAAGAUGUUUCUUCCAAGUACGAUGGAUGCUGUGAAGGGGAUGCUGUGCAGUGCAUCCGUGGCAGGAGCAAAGUUAUGAGCCAUAUUUGCUUAAAACAAGAUUCCAUCUCCAGCAAAAUCAAAGAGUGCUGUGAAAAGAAAAUACCAGAGCGUGGCGAGUGCAUAAUUUCCUCAAAUAAAGAUGACAGACCAAAGGACUUAUCUCUAAGAGAAGCAAAAUUUACUGAAAGCGAAAAUGUGUGUGAAGAACGAGAUGCUAAUCAAACGAGCUUCAUGGCUGAGUUUCUCUAUGAAUACUCAAGGAGACAUCCAGAACUGUCUACACCAGAGCUUUUAAGAAUCGCUGGCGUGUACGAGGAUCUUCUGAAAGAGUGUUGUCACACAGAAAACCCUCCAGACUGUUACCGCCACGCGGAACACAGAUUCAACGAGACAACUGAGAAAAGCCUCAAGAUAGUACAACGAGAAUGUGAACGUUCCCAGAAUUUGGGGAAGGAGGACUUGAAAUACUACUACCUUAUCAAACUCACAAAGAUAGCCCCCCAGCUCUCCACUGAAGAACUGACCUUUCUUGGCAAGGAAAUGGUGACAGCUUUGACCACCUGCUGCACACUGAGUGAAGAGUUUGCCUGCGUUGAUAAUUUGAUGGAUUUAGUUCUUGGAGAGUUAUGUGGAAUAAAUGAAAAUCGGAACAUCAACCCUGAUGUGGACCACUGUUGCAAAACCAACUUUGCCUUCAGAAGGUCCUGCUUUGAAGGCUUGGAAGCUGAUAAAGCAUAUGUACCUCCAUCUACCUUUCAAGGUUUAUUUACCUUUCACACAGACUUAUGCCAGGCUCAUAAGGAGGAGCUCCAGAGAAAGAAAGACAGGUUUCUUGUCAAUGUAGUGAAGCUAAAGCCUGAGCUUCCAGAUGCGGAGCUGCGGUCAUUGCUUACAGAUUUCACUAAUGUGGUGGUCAAGUGUUGCCAAGCAGAGGGGCCUGAAGCCUGCUUUAAUGAAGAGGGCCCCAAAGUGGCAGCCAAAUGCUAG